AAUAAUUAAACACUGGAGCAACUGAUGAAGUUGCUGCUGUUGCUGCUCGUUCACCACCGCUAACAAUUAAGGAGAAGCCCAGUCUGGCUGUGUAAUGUGCAAAGGCGGUACUUAGUCUAUUGCGCCUACUGACGUCCAAGACACCGUCGACAGAGUUCCUUGUGGUGGACACUAUUAUCAAGAAGCUGAAUAACCGUGUCUCCUAUAUGAGAAAUGAAAUCUUUGAGUGCCCCUCGCCGCUGUGCAACAACUUUAAUGUGAAGUAAAAGUUUAACUCCACGACUGCAUCCAACAUAGAUGUGGCCAAAUGGGGAUUACAGCGCUUUCCGGAUGAGACAGCUCAAAUGCUGCGCGUCACCGGCAUUGAUGCAACGCGAUUGAUUGUUGCAGCUGAUGAGCUAUUCUAACAUGCAGCUGCAUAAGCUGCGUUCCCAACAGGUGGCUAGCAAGGCAGUGGACGGGUCCAUCACCAGCACACGAUUACUUACUAAUGUGUCGGCCCUAACGGAUGCGCGUUUUGCAAACCGCUAUCAAGAUGUUGCAGUCCAGGCAAUGCCAGUAUUAAAUCGAGGCGUCUUCUGGCUGCAGCCCAGUUUAACGAGAUGAACUUAGAUGAACUUGAUGCCCAGCAAGAAAAUAUCAUGCUGGCACUAAAGGAACUCUGCUCGACAAUGCCCCGCUCAAAUCUAUGGGCAGAUAGACUAUAUCAUGCGCUUCUCAGGGCUUUCGCUGUGCAUCGAGCUGAGGGCAAACAAUUGGCGCGCUAAUUCAAGUAAUUCGAUAUCCAUUGCAAAGAGUAUAUCAAUUUUUAAUGCGAAUACAAUUAACAAUAAUAAGUACAAUAAUUCCUGAGACAGGAAAAAAAAGAGUACAAGAACGCAUUUUGCAUUUAAAUAUUUUCUCGACCAAAUAGUUGAAAUGUGAAAUUUUCAUUGUGAAUUGUUAUUUAAAAUUUGCUCGAUAUUAUUUAUCGAACACAAUAUUUAUCGAUAACACAAUGUGCCGGCCCUCGUGAACACUUGCCGUAUUUUCGGUCUGGCCACACUCGCGUCCACGUAGAAAACAAACCGACAACAUUGUCGACGUGCAUGCCUUUAUUUAAUAUUUAAACACAUAACGAGAUGCAAUAGACGCACAUCGAUAAUAAGGACCAGCGAACUGGCAGGCCCACUGGGUGUGACACUGGGCUGCUGACACUGGCAAUAGCUACUGCUACAGCUAAUUAAAAUAAAACACAUAUUUUAAAAAUGUUGGGUGGCAAGCGCACAAAUUCGCGUCAUGUUGCAGUCGUGUUGCUGAUGUGCCUGUUCUGGUACGUGAUAUCGUCCAGUAACAAUGUCAUUGGCAAAAUGGUGCUCAAUGAAUUUCCAUUCCCGAUGACCGUCACUCUCGUUCAAUUAUGCAGCAUCACGCUGUAUAGCGGUCCAUUCUUCAAUUUGUGGCGCAUCCGCAAGUAUCAGGAUAUACCUCGAGCAUAUUAUAUGCGACUAAUUGUGCCGCUGGCCAUUGGCAAACUGCUCGCCUCGGUCACAUCGCACAUAUCGCUGUGGAAAGUGCCCGUCUCCUAUGCGCACACAGUUAAAGCGACUAUGCCGCUUUUUACCGUCAUUCUGACGCGGCUCUUCUUUGGUGAGAAACAGCCCAAACUCGUGUACCUGAGUCUCUUACCCAUCAUAACGGGCGUGGCAAUUGCGACAGUAACGGAAAUCUCAUUCGAUAUGCUUGGCCUGGUUAGCGCACUCAUUUCCACAAUGGGCUUCUCAAUGCAAAACAUCUUCUCCAAGAAGGUACUCAAGGAUACAGGCAUACAUCAUUUGCGUCUGCUGCAUUUGCUCGGCAAGCUAUCCCUAUUUAUUUUCCUGCCUCUCUGGCUUUACGUGGACAGCCUAGCUGUUUUCCGUCAUACGGCCAUUAAAAAUCUGGAUUACCGGGUGAUUGCACUGCUCUUCACCGAUGGCGUCCUCAAUUGGAUGCAAAACAUAAUUGCAUUCAGUGUGCUAUCGCUGGUAUCGCCGCUUACCUAUGCGGUAGCCAGCGCCUCGAAGCGAAUAUUUGUAAUUGCCGUAUCGCUUAUAAUAUUGGGCAAUCCGGUAACAUGGGUUAACUGUCUUGGAAUGACGCUGGCCAUUAUCGGUGUGCUGUGCUACAAUCGGGCCAAGCAAAUCACAAGGGCAAGCAAACUACCGACGCUGGCGCAUAGCAAUCACAUUAAGUACACACCGCUCAAUGAUUCUUCCCAUUAUCGCAAUCCAAUCAACGGCAGUAUGGGAAAUGGCGGCAUGCACAAGACCCAAACGACAAGCUCGGCAAUCGUAACAAUGCCAAUGACAAUGGCAACCGGCAACAGUUUGCUGGCAAAUGGCAGCGGUAUGCCAAGUGCGAGCAACACGCGCCUGCUCUUCGUUUAGUAUUGUAGUUAGUGAAAUUGUAUUACAACACAGCUUUAUUGUACUAUUUUUCUUCUUUUUUUUUGACACUUCAACCUACCCCCACCCACCCCUUUUGUCUCGAUCUGUUGCAUUGCUUAUAGCCAUUCAUCACAAUUACCAUGAAAACGGACCAUGUUAUCAGCAUCGACUAUCUAUCUAUAUGGCCAACCUGAAUAUACUAUUCAGCAUUCGAAACAACAACUACAAGCAUCCAAAAAUAUAUCAUACUUGUCCUGCUCUCUCUUCUCCCUCUGAUUGAUUUUCCAAUUCAAUUGUUUUGUGUUACCCCAUCCUGCACCACCACCACUUCCACCACCACCACCACCACUGCUCAUGACGACCUGUCCCAAUCCAAUAUUGUAAAUUAUUGUAUGAUAUUUGUAGGUAUGUGUAUAAAUGCAUACUCGUGAAGCGGUAUGUAAAUAAGUAUAAAAUCGAGACGAACCCCAGAUAGGAUUAGCCUCAAUUGCCGCUAGAAAAUGACAUUUGCUUUCAAAAUUUGAAUUCGAUUAAGCCUUAAAAGUGUCUGUAUUUACAAGAAAUCAAAAAUGUAAAAGAUCUAAACGCAUCGAAAUGCGUAAUAAAAAUUGUUGACGGUGUACAUAGGCAUAUAGAGAUACUACGUACUACUAUAUAAAA